AUGGAUCAAGGACAUGUGCUCGGUGAUGGAGAUCCCCCCAGCACAGUCGGGAUCCUUGGUGGCCCCAGUGGCCCCCUUGGCAGUGGAGAGCUGCUCAGCACCGUGAAGGGGCUCACUGGGCUGAGGACCGGGGACCUCACAGUCCCCAGGCUGUCCCUGCGGCUCCUGCCUGGCAUCCGCAUCCACCUCAGCCUCUACACCCCCGUGGCCCUCAAUGCGGCUGCUCCUCCGAAGGUCGCUCCCUUCGCCUUGUGCAGCCUCCUGGGCUUGCUGGAUGUCGUGGUGGAAGUGAGCAUCACGCCAAGGGCCAGGCUCACCAUGAACGGCACCGGCUACCCCAGGCUGGGGAUAGAGAGAUGCGGCACCCUCCUUGGUGGCAUCAAAGACUCCUGCGAGGCCUGCUCCUGUUCUUACAUCAAACCCACCGACGGGCGAGGACACCAAGGAGGGAUCGGCCCCGCAGGAGGAGCCAGAGUGUGCAAUCGCUGCACGCAUGACCCCGAGCCACCCCCCAUGGCGCUUCCUUCACCGGGCACCCACGAGAUGCAAACCCCGCGGUGCUCUCCCAUGACGGCAGCAGGGGCAGGAGGAGAAGCCCGGGGAGCGGGAUGCAGCGCGUCCUGCAGCAGGAGAGCCGGUGGGCACCGCAUCCAGCCUGAGCUGCUGGCCAGGGCCCAGCGUGGCUACGUGCAAUGUGCGGGGUCAGCCUGGUGCAGGGUUCACACUUCAGAGCCAGCGAGGAGGAACUAUCCCGCUUCAUCCUUCCCUGGACUUUCCUGGUUCCUGCAGCUCGGGUAUAUAAGGCUGCUCCUGCCAGGCAGCCCCGCAGAGAGGCCACGGCAGCAGCAGCACUGCAGCAAAGGGCUCCAGGUACUGGGUCAGGAGAUGCUGCACUUCUGGUGUCUUGUCCUUGCCACGGGCCUCCUGCCCCCCUCCCAGGGCCUCCUCAACCUGGGCAGUGUCCUUGGGCUGAGCCCAGCGCAAUCCAAUGACGGUCUGCUUGGAACCGGUCUUGGCAGCAAAGGUCUCCUCGACAAGAAAGGUGGCUUGCUUGGCGGGGGGCUCUUAGGUACCGGCAUCCUUGGCACGGGAAGUGCGAGUGGAAAAGAAAGCGGAGGUGCUGGUGAUGCAGGAAAAGAACCCAGCAGCUCUGGGCUCCUCGGGACAGGCCUCCUAGGAGGACAACCUGGCAGCAGCGGUCUGCUCGGCACUGGCAUCCUCGGUGGAGACGGAGUCCUUGGCACUGGCAUCCUCGGUGGAGACGGAGUCCUUGGCACUGGCAUCCUCGGUGGAGAAGGCCUUGGCAAUGGUCUCCUCGGCAAUGGCCUCCUUGGCAAUACAAGCCUUCUUGGACAGAAAGGUUUGCUUGGCACAGGGCUGCUUGGAGAAGGAGGUCUCUUGGGCAAUGGAAGUCUCCUUGGUCUCGAUGGCGUGCUGGGUGCAGGAGGACUGCUGGGCAGUGGAGUCCCUGGCACACCAACACACUUCUCCUGGCUGAAGGUGCUGAACCUCGAGAACGUCCGAGUGUCCUGGAGGGUCCUUCACGGCAGCGAGUUUGUGCUGAACCUGUACUCGAAGCUGGUGCUGCGCUUGCCAGGGAUUUUCCAGUUCCUGAGCGGCUCCUCGGUGGAGACGAACAUCACAUCCCACAUGGCGCUGACCCAGGACACCCCCGGGGACCUCAAGCUGGUGUUUAAGGAUUGCAGCAACCUGCUUGUGGGCUUCAACGUCAACCUGCGGAGGGGGUGAGCGUGGGCACGUCCCCCCCGGGC